AAAAAAAAAAUUAAAGGUGUGUGCUGUCCUGCCUGGGAGACAAGCCCUCGGCGCGGCGCCACCAAUAAGCAUGGCAGGGCUCGAGCUCAAGGAGCGGCUGCACGGUACCGAGCCGCUGUGCGUGCGGCUCAGUUUGGCAGAGAAGGCCUUCCUGGCGCCCCUGAAAGCAGCGGUGGCACAGAAGGAGGAUGUGGUCAUUCUGUGGUUGGCUAACCUCCUCACCAAGAAGGCAGUGGCACUGACCACAGAGGAGCAGCUGGCAGCCUGGACAACGCUCAGCACCAUCCUUUCCUCUCAGCGCCUCAAGGCUCUCUGCUCCAUCAACUGGGUCUGCCCUAUCACCUCCUCCUUCACUGAGACUUUAGUUGAUGUGAUAAAUAGCAGUGCCGAUACAGCACUGCGAGAGAAGGCAGUCAUGAUAUGUCACUGCCUCAUGUCCAACCCGUUGCUGGCGCCGCUGGUCACCCACUCGCUGAACCACUGCCUGCUGCUCUCCAAGGGCCUGGUGGCUUGGCUGCUGGAGGGUCACAUGGGGGACGCCAAUGUGGCUGUUGCUGCGAUGCUAAUCGGGGAAGUAGGGAGUCGCCUGCAGAGCCACGCAGACAAGGGCAAAGUCAUGACCAGUGUCACCGAGCACCUGCUGCUUCCCUCGGCCAGACUCGCUGUGUCUGCCAGGGAUGACGAGAGGAAAGAGAUGCAAGACUUGUUGAAGGAGAUGAAAUUACUGAUAGCCACAAGCUUGUUUCAUACUGAACUAUUAGAUAACUAUAAGAAUGCAUUCAUGAUCAUCUUUUCUGAGACAAAAGCUAGAGUGACUCAUAAGAUUAUCUCACUUUUACAAGUAAUUGCUUCAUAUAUUGAGAGUGAGCCUAUUGAAGUAAUGCAACAUUUGCUUGCAGAAACAUUAUACGAAUUCAUGAUGAAGUUCAGGACUUACAAAACCUUGCACUGCCAGCUACUGGUGGUGCUAUGUCAUGCACUGGGCAUCACCAUUAACAACCCCAAAGUGCCUUCCUUGGUACAGGAUACUUUUAUUUCCCAGAAACUAAGACCAAGUGUUAUUGAUGAAAGGAAGAAGGAAGUCCUCCUGCACUCUUUACUCUGUGUCAUUCAAAACAUUCCAAUCCACUUUGUGAGGGACGGAGAUAUUGACCUGCUGCUGAAGGGUGUUGGGGAGAUCCUGGUGAACGCUGUCCCGGUGUCCAGUGCAGGGUACAAGUGUCUCCAGGUCCUGUUGGCCAUCGUCCCAACGUUCAUGAGUAACUUGAUUGUGCAGAAUGUGUGGGACAUUUAUUGCUGCAAGAGCCCAGACAACACUGCCAGUGUGGGGGAGCUGUACUCCAGCUAUGAAGAGCUGCUGUGUAAGGUGCUGGAGGUGUGUGUCCGCCUGAGGAACCUGCCCAGAAUGUUUGAGAAGAUGUUCUCUGCCCUGAAGACAAAGAGUGAACAACUCAAGGACCAGGAGAUCAUCCCAGAGUCUCUUCAUGCACACCAGGAAAGGCUCAUCUUCCCUCCCAGGUUUAUUGCAUUGCUGCGGAGAACAUUGUUAGACCUGAGCCACUUACAAGUGCUGCCUGUGUGGACGUCCAUCCUGUCCUUCCUCACCAAGGAGAGCACCGUACUCCUCAAAACUGCAGCCAAGCCGGGUGAGUUGGAGUUGGUGAGCCUGGUGGUGUGGGUGCUGGCGGUUGUGGUGGAGGCCAGUCCCUCGCUGCAGAUGGCUACUUUGGCAGGGGAUGCCACACGCCUGGCGGACAUCAUGACACAGAUUGCUGUCGCUGGAAUCAAGCCGCUGGUGACAGUCAUGCUCACUCAGCCCCAUAAUAACAAUGUGUGUGCCAGCGUCCUGGUGAUGUGCCACACGUGGGGUGAGCUGCACAUCAGCCUGCUCACCACAGAUGUCGGUUACCGAGAUUGCCCAACACUGCCCAAAGUGUCUCCCUUCAACCCAAGCCCACCAACAGACCUUUCUCACCUAUUUCCCUUCAUCCCUUCUGAUGCUUGGGCUCAAAUAUCUGCCAGAGUUGCUAACUUUGGGAACAAGGCUGCCAGGUUGGCUUUGAUGCAGUUGGUCAUUCAGAAGUUCAGUCAAGCUUCCCUGGAGCAGCACAAGGGGGCAUUCUCCCAGGAUACAGCUAUGGAGGCCAUGGAGGAUACUGGGCAGGCUGUCACCCAGACCACCAUGGACACUGCCAGCAAAUACCUCACCAACGCCCUGGACUCCUGGGGCAGCAGCGUGUCCUGCCUCUUCACUGUGCACCUGACGUACCUCGUGCCAUUCCUCAACACCACUCAGCUGACAGUGGUAUCCAGGCACCUUGUGAAUGGCAUAAGGGAAGGAGACAAGGCCUGGAGUGAGUAUGUCAGUAGUCGACACUUUGAAGAGGCCAACCAACUGCACCCAAUGGUGUUUUCAGACAUCUGUGCUUCUCUAGCCACCAUGUUUGACUCCAACAAGAGGAAGCUAUCAGAGUGUGAGGAUGGUCCCCCACAGCCCACCAAGAGUCACUGUCUGAAGAUCUUGAAGAAAAUGAGCAAGGUUGGACCAUUGCUUGUUGAAUUUGAGCCUGUGCAAAAGAAAGAUGAUGCCUUGUGGAAAUUGUUUGAGGAAUGCGGGGAAUGCUUGAGGAAGCUGAUAGAGAAAGAGCAGAGGCAAUCCUCCUCUGUGCAGAAGUGUACCAUGGCAGAGUUCAAAGUUUUGAUUCAGUUGAUAAGAAAAUUUCCCCUAAAACAUUUGAACGUGAAUAUGAAGACUAGUGUGCUUCUAGUUCUGUUUUCUCUCAUGAUACAGGAGAGCAGUGAGGGCAGAGAAGAGGUUUUCUUUGAUAUUGUAUUGACACUGAACCUAACGCUGGGAUACGUUGGCAGUUUCAGACUGUUUACCAUCACCAAGGCCAGCAGUGUGAUGCAGUGGCUGAUUGAGAAGAGGGUCUCUCUAUAUGGCUCUAUGCUGUCACAACACAUGGCAAAUCUUCCCCAUGUGGUGCUCAAGGGUAAUAAUACCUAUGUUGCAAAGUUUAUGGACAGACAGUAUUUAUCCCCUGACUUGCAAAACUGUUACAACUUUGACAACCUGCUUCUGUACCUGACCUACAAGCUGACAUCCAUUGUCAGUUUGUCUGACCAGGUGAAGGAGGUCGCUGAGUACAUCACCUCUUCCUCCACCAACACCAUCGAGUCAAUGCUGCAGCCGGCUGUGUUCCUGCUGGCGCCCUGCCAUAUGAAAGGCACUGCCUAUUGUAAUUGGGCUAAGCAACACCUGACAACCUGGAUACUUCGGUAUGUAAAGAAGAUGGACCUGGAUACCACCUGCCCUGCCACGGCUGCCACGGUGCUCACAGCCCACACCAUCAUGGUGCAGGCUGGGGCUCCCUCCCUCACAGAGGCCCAAUCCAAGGAGGAGGCCAAGAGUUUAGAGGGCAUUGCCACAGAGUCCAGUGAGGCUAAGAAGGAGGGAACCAAAGAAAAUGCGAUGUCCAAGGAAGACACAAAGAAGAGUAUGAAAUGGAAGAAGCUUUUGGGACGCAGUGUUCAGUUAUCAGAGUUGUGCCUGUCCUCUGGGAACAAGGAGCUGGAAGAAUAUGCCCUUGCCUUUCUUCUAACAGUAGCACAACACUCGGAUGUUCUAAAUGCUUAUCUUCCUCCUCAGCUUCUAACCAUAGCCUGGUCAGCGCUGUCUCUCCCUGACCGCUGUCCCUCGGGUGUUGAUGCAGAUGUGUACGCCAAAGUGUGCCUGGAGCCCGUGCUGCUGACUGCUUCCCCUGAGGAGUAUAAUAAGCUGCUGGAGGACCUGCUGCUGCGGACACAUAAAGACCAUGUACAGUUAAGUCACACGUUGCGGCUGUGGAGGCUUGUCAUCAACUCCACGGUCACUACUGUCAAUGGGUAUCUGAAGCGCAUUUCCUUGGAGUACCUCAUCCCCAUCCUGGUGCACCUGGCCACCUCCCACCUCACCACUGCACCAUCAGACUGCUCUCUCCUGCAUGAUGUCCUCCUCACUCUGCAAGAAAUUAUUCAGACAUCCUUCUCAGUUGACGACCAAACCAAAGCUCACCUCCUGAUGCCGUGCACUACCAUCCAGCUGCACCAGUUGCCGCAUCACAACUUCUGCCAGAUAUUCAACACGGCUGCCAACAUUGUGAACAGUGUGGUGGUGAAUCACAGCAACAUGGUGGUGGAUCGCACCCCCACCGUGCUGGCCGCCAUUGCCCACCUCACCACCGCACUCAUCACACAAGCCAGCCAGGAACACAAGCUGGAGGACCAACAGAUAAAAGAGCUGGUAGAGUGCAGUAGCAACAUAGAGCGUCUGGUGAAACAGCUUGCUGCAUUUGAGGAGAAGCUGAACAAAGUGGUGCACUUCACUAUGGCUACAAUUGUUAUCGCCCUCCAGCGCACCACAGUGUACCCUGCCGUCAAGAUGGUGAUAGAGAGCAUUGUGUACCGGCUGUUGGACUUGUGUGACUCGCAUUGCCUGCAGCACUUGUUGGUCGCCCUGCCCCCUGCCACCACCACCUUGCUCAAGCAUCUCCAUGACAACUACGUCACCUUCCACCGCUACAACCCUGGUAAAGUGUAGUGCUAGAUUGGUAGUGGAAGGGAUUGUUGUGGACUUUUUCUACAAGGGACGUUGAAAUGUUGGGGGAAUGAUGGGCUGUCUGUAUUUUGUGUAUUGUCUCUUUCAUUCUCUAAGUAAUAUCCAAUGUUGCCUUAAUGAUCAAGAAGAAACAGUUUACAAUUACUACAUGCACUAAUUUUGUUUAAGAGCAGCAUUUAUAUUGUUUUAUUUAAAAACCAUAAUGUAGAAAUCUAUAAAGAACUUUCCCGAUUAGCUUCCUCUUGCCAUGAAUUGAGAGUAGUGAAUGUGUUAUUCUCCGGGAACAUCAUGCUGGUCAGUAGUGUUGAUUGUUGCCUGGAGUGAGUCAUUCUUGGUUGCAUUUGUCAUGUUUUGUGAAAGUGGUCCAAGUUAUUGAGAGACGAGUCAUUGCUAAGUUGUCUUUCCUGAGCUGUUGUCUUGGUACUAAGUGACAUUAACCUUUUGAAUAAGGUUUGAGUGGUAUGUUAUUUUUAUUUUUGUAUUGUUUUACUGUAAGCAGACAGAUCAUCAAUGUAUUUAAGAAUUUUUUUUAUAUAAAUUGUUAUCAAA